CCCUCUCACCACGCUGCAUCACGUUCAGUCUGCCAUAAUUCGUCUUUUCAUUACCAAAUUCGACGUUGACUAUGGCUUCCGCGUCGAUGUCCCGACCCGGCUUUCGUCGGGAGGACACGGCAGAUGUCCUUCCAGCUGUCGAGCUGCUUCCCGCCUCUACUAAUGAGAAGGCUAGGAUAGAGGUGAACGACAUGGCUAUCGGCACUGCAACUGGCGCCGACGAUGCGGAUGACGCAGCGAAACUUGAUCUGCCCACAGCCGGCCUGCAGCGUGGUGUCCAGGACGCGGAGGCCAUCACGUUGACCUGGUCGAGAAACGCCCUCAUCGCAGCCUUUAUCAACAUGUGGAUGCUGUACUUUGUCAAUGCUAUGCAAUCUACCGUCCUCGACGCACUCCUUCCCUUCGUCGCCAGCAGCUUCGAGUCCCACUCGGAAUUGAACGUCAUCUACAUCGUCGGCGACGCAAUGUCCGCCGCAAUCUUCAUUCCCCUCGCCAAGGUCAUGGACGUUUGGGGCCGAGCAGAAGGCUACCUCAUCAUGUCUGUAUGCUGCACCGUCGGCCUGAUCAUGAUGGCGUCUUGCAACGGCCUCCCCCUCUUCUGCGCCGCCUACGUCUUCUACACCAUCGGCUUCUCAGGCAUCACUUUCUGCGUCGAUGUCAUCACUGCUGACGCAUCGACUCUGAAGAACCGAGGACUGGCGUAUGCAUUCACUUCCUCCCCCUACAUUAUCUCCGCCUUUGCCGGUUCCAAGGCCGCGGGUGAUUUCAAACAGCAUGUCGGAUGGAGGUGGGGUUUUGGUUGUUUUGCAAUCAUCUUCCCGAUUAUUGCGACCCCAUUGUACUUUAUUCUGAAGUCCAAUCUUCACAAGGCUUCCUCUCAAGGACGCCGAGUCGAGGAGCGCAGUGGACGCUCAUUGCUGCAGAAUGUGUGGCAUUACACUAUCGAAUUCGACAUCAUCGGCGUGCUUGUGUUUUCUGCCGGACUCACAAUCUUCCUGCUCCCAUUUAACCUCGCCGGUGGUGCGCCUGAAGGAUGGGCAACGGGAUACAUCAUCGCCAUGCUGGUCAUCGGAUUCGUCCUCCUCGUCAGCUUCGGCCUCUACGAAUUCCUCCUCGCCCCAGUGCCGAUGUUCAAAUUCGGCCUCUUUUCCAACCGCACCGUCAUCGGCGCCUGCCUGCUCGACGCUUGCUACCAAAUCUCCUACUACUGCUGGGACAACUACUUCACCUCCUUCCUGCAAGUCGUCAACAACCUCUCAGUGGCCGAGGCAAACUACGUCAACAACACCUUCAACGUCGUCGGCGGCAUUCUGUGCCUGCUAUCGGGGUACAUGGUCCGCCGCACCGGCCGCUUCAAGUGGCAGCUGUACAUCGCCAUUCCCUUGUACGUCUUCUGGCAGGGCCUGAUGAUCUACUUCCGCCGCGCGAACCAGUCGGUAGGCUACCUGGUGCUGUGCCAAGUCUUCCUCUCCCUGGGCGGCAGCACCUUCAUCAUCAUCGAGCAAGUCGCCAUCCUCGCCGCCGUCGACCACCAACACGUCGCAGCCGUGCUGGCCCUCCUGAACGUCAUCGGGACCAUCGGCGGUGCACUCGGCGCCGCCAUCUCUGGCGCAAUCUGGACGAACACCUUCCUCAAGGCUCUCGGGAGGAACCUCCCGGUGGCAGUGCGGCCUGAGAUCGACCAGAUUUACGAGAAUCUCAACAAGCAGAUCAGUUAUCCGGUGCACAGUGUCGCGCGGCUGGCGAUUCAGAAGUCGUACGCUUUUGCGCAGACGAGGAUGCUUGCGGCGGGGACGGGCGUGAUGGCGCUUCCGUUCCUCUCUCUUCUUUUGAUUGAGAAUAUCAAUGUUGCUGCUAUUCAGCAGGUCAGGGGCCUGGUCUUUUAGUUGAUCAGCGCUUGGUUGAAUUACUUCACUUUGACACUGUUGGAAGUUAGCAAGGUCUCCUAUUAAGGAUUGAGCGGUGAUCUUUCGUGUUUAG